CCUACGACGCGUAUCUGACAUCUCGCGAGACGGAACGGGAUUUCCCAUCUAGCAGUGUGGUGUGUGCGCGACAGAGGAGAGGAAAGAUGGCGACGCAGGAGAGCGAAGCGACCAAAUCUACCGUGAGCAACGGCGAGGUGAGCAGCAAUGGAACUGCUGCAACAACAGACGACCAGACUGUGCAGACAGCUGGAAAUGCAGAGGACCCCCAGCAGCAGCAACAGCAACCAGCACCUAAUGCAUGGCAAGUCAUUAAAGGAGUCCUCUUCAGAAUCUUCAUAAUCUGGGCGAUCAGUAGUUGGUUCCGCCGAGGGCCUUCCACGCCUGACCCCAACACACCAGCUGGGGCACCUAGAGUACCAAGCAGGAACCUGUUCCCCAAGGACACCCUCAUGGACAUGUACGUGUACAUAUCCCAGGAGGAGGUGUUCUCUGACUUCAACAACACAGACUCCCUGUUCUGGUUCCACAGGGACCUGGUCUAUGGAGACUGGAACACAGGGGAGGAAGGGGACGGCUGUUAUGAGCACUACAAGGACAUGGACAUUCCUGAGGAAGUGCAGCGCAACGGAUCGCUCUACAUGCACGUGUAUUUCACUAAAAGUGGAUUCCAUCCAGAUCCAAAACGCAAAGGGCAGUAUCGCAGACUGGCAACAGUGCAUUCAACACGAAUGUUGAAUAAAUUCAAACGAAGAAAGUUUAUGAAAACCAAGAAUCUGCUAACGGGAGAGACAGAAGCAGAUCCUGAAAUGAUCAAGCGGGCAGAGAGCCACGGUCCAGUGGAGAUCAUCUCUCACUGGCACCCCAACCUCACCAUCAACAUGGUGGACGACCACACUGCCUGGGUCAAAGGCUCUGUACCUCCUCCUCUGGACCAACAUGUCAAGUUUGAUGCAGUAAGUGGCGACUACUAUCCCAUUGUGUAUUUCAAUGACUACUGGAACCUUCAGAAGGACUACUAUCCCAUCAACGACACCCUAAAAACACUCCCACUACGCCUGAACUACUGCCCGCUGUCCCUGUGGCGCUGGCAGCUGUAUGCGGCCCAAAAUGCCCGCUCUCCAUGGAACUUCCUACCUGAGGACACCUAUGAGCAGUCUGACGAAGACCAAGACUCUGUCAAGGUUGCUCUUCUGGAAACCAAUCCGUACCUGCUGGGACUCACUAUUGUCGUCUCCAUUGUGCACAGCAUCUUCGAGUUCCUUGCCUUCAAGAAUGACAUCCAGUUCUGGAACAGCAGACAGUCUUUAGAGGGCCUGUCAGUGCGCUCGAUCAUAUUUGGAGUGUUUCAGUCUCUGGUGGUGCUGCUGUACAUACUGGACAAUGAAACCAACUUUGUGGUGCAGGUCAGCGUCUUCAUUGGCCUUCUCAUCGACCUGUGGAAAAUCACCAAGGUCAUGGAUGUCAAACUGGACAGAGAGAACAAAAUUGCAGGAGUAAUCCCAAGAUUGGUAUUUAAAGACAAGUCAACAUAUGUGCAGUCUUCAACCAAAAUCUAUGACGACAUGGCCUUUAAGUAUCUGUCGUGGCUGCUCUACCCUCUGUUCGGCUGCUACGCUGUCUACAGUUUAUUGUACGUAGAGCACAAAGGCUGGUACUCAUGGGUACUCAGUAUGCUCUAUGGCUUCUUGUUAACCUUUGGCUUCAUCACGAUGACGCCACAGCUAUUCAUCAACUACAAAAUGAAGUCUGUGGCCCACCUCCCAUGGAGGAUGCUCACAUACAAGGCUCUCAAUACCUUUAUUGAUGACCUGUUUGCCUUUGUCAUCAAGAUGCCCAUGAUGUACAGGAUAGGGUGCCUCAGAGAUGAUGUGGUGUUCUUCAUCUACCUUUACCAGCGCUGGAUCUACCGGGUGGAUCCCAACAGAGUCAACGAGUUUGGCACCAGCGGAGUUGAUCCAACCCUAAACAACACCGCAGAGACAGAUUCUGCUCCUGCUGCAGCCCCUGCUGCCAUCACAGACAAACCAGAGGGGGAGAAGAAGAACGAUUAAGCAAGGUGGUGCCCUCACCUGCCCUCUCCCCCUGGCCCUCACUGCUGGGGCAAAGAGGACUUGUGGAAAUCAGGCAUGGAGGGGAGUCAUUGUUAAGCCGUCAUGGAUGCCACUCCCCCCCCCCCCCCCCCCCCCCAAAAAAAAAAGCAGUUCAGCUGUUCCCUCUGAUUUCUGUGCAGAUCCACAAAGAAUCAUAUUCAGUUCUAGACUUUGGUAAAUUCUUAUUUCUGUUCCCCGCCCUCUCGUUAUGCAGUUCAAGUGAAGUAAAACAAAACGUGAUGUACUGUAUUCUGUAUGAUUUCUCUGAGGGUAAACAUGUCUUGGAAUGGAAGUUGGGAGGGAAACGGGUCGCAGUGACAACUAUUUUUUCUCGAUAUACAAGCUAAGUGAGACUUUUGUUCUUUGUGUAGAUUCCUUGUGAAUUUUUUCUUUUCAUUCCAUGUGAGUGCCGUGUUUUCAGAUUGUCUGGAAACAGGUGAGUAGUUCUGGAGGCAACUGGAAAGACCCUGAGCCACGGCAGAUGUAGAAAAAGAGAGACCAGAUGAAAGACCCUGCGAAACACUUCCCACCACAGAGGGAAACGACCCUCACUUUUAAACAAAUGGUUAAUGUUCUAAAGUUGAACAUAAAAAAUAACAGCCUUGUUGGUAUUAAUAUAAACAUAUUAAUAUUGUCAAUGACUUAUUUUUUGUUUUCCAGUCACUGAAACAUUAUUUUGUAUGUCUUCAAAAUGUACAGAAUCUCAGCUUGUUAUGUUAAUAAUGCCGAUGUCAGAACAGUCUAAAAGUAGUUGAUUUAUAAGUCUGAUUUUCAUUUUACCCCCUCAGCUGGAUGUCUGAUUUCUAAAUUGUUUCAUGCUCCAGACCAGAUCACCUUGACAGACACAGUGGAGACAGGUGUCAGGUGUGUGCUGGGAGAAUUACUGUCUCCUGUUUUAAUUUUGAGUGCUGUUGGUUCCAUGUUUGGUUCCAUGUUGGUACAUACUACAUUUUGAUUAAUUCAUGUUUAUAGUAAAACUUAAGUGUGACUUAAAAUGUUUAUGCAAA